CUCUCUGCAGCUUCCUGCUAGUUUCCUCGUACACAAAAAUAUUAGGUUGUCCCAAUUUAAACAAGGCCGCCACCCCAACCGAAAACCACAAACUUCACAACCUUAAUUUUUACGAUAAGACCAGACAUGGUUCCUGGUACCCAGAAUGAGCUCCCCUUGAACGAAAACGACUCACAGGAGGUGGUUUUGUACCAGAUCUUGAAUGAAGCCGCCGCCACACUAAACUCCAGCCCCUUUUUGCAGCCCAGAAGCAGAGGAAUCCCCCAGCAGAGCAUCCUCCGCCCAACGCAGUCGAUAGCCAAGAAGCAUUACAGGGGCGUGCGGCGGCGGCCGUGGGGGAAAUUCGCGGCGGAGAUUCGCGACUCGGCCAGGCAGGGCGCUAGGGUGUGGCUGGGCACGUUCAACACGGCGGAAGAAGCCGCCUUGGCUUAUGACCGGGCGGCUUUUCAAAUGCGUGGCGCAAGGACACUCCUCAACUUCCCGGCCCACUUGGUGGAAGCGCCGCCGUCGUCUGUGCUUAGACUGCACUACCCAUCCAACAGUUGCAGCAACGAAGCUUCGAGUGGCGGUACGGUGAAUCCAAAUACAUAAAGAAUUCUGUUCUCCUGGAUUUUCCGACAAGUGGCCGCCGGAGAUAGAACAGAGCUUACAUGCAUGAAAUGUUUAGGAAUCUUAUAAAACAUUAUUAUAUAUACAAUAUAAUUUAAUUUGCAUAUCAUAUCGUGUAAAUUAAAUCUCUAGCUUUCCAUGUUUCUCGUUUACUUUUCUUCCAUUUCUCGAUCUAUUGGAUGGAUGGGAAUUGGUUGUCUUGUUGUUUCUCGGAUGAACAUUUUGAAUUUCGCAUUGGUUUCUUACUA